UAUAUAUAUAUAUAUAAAAAAAAACUCACAUAGCCUAUGCAUAUUUUCGCCUAUGCUAAUUGCAUUAUGUCAGCACUUUGAAGUGAGCUAUAGACCGAAUUUCACAUAAGUUCAGGCACUGACUGAUAUGAACAUACUAACUGUUGUACAGACUACUUGUACACAAGGAACCAUGUGAUUUUACUGUAUAGAAUUUGAGAAAAUGUAUUUUGAAAAACUCACAUAUGCAUAUUUUGGCCUUUGCAAAUUGCAUUACGUCAGCACUUUGAAGUGAGCUAUAGACCGAAUUUUGAGAAAAUGUAAUUUAAAAAACUCACAUGCAUAUUCUGCUGGCCAAUGGAGUCGAACGUCCGCACUGGCGGCCAACUUGCCACAGUCAGCUGCUGUUGGUAGGGGUACAUGUACAUGUAGGCUACUUUUUAAAUAACCAUAACUUGCUAAAUUUUCAAACGGUUUGUUUUGUUAUAAACGUCGGAGAUGUAGUUACGGCACUGCAUACUUGAUACUUGAUAAAAAAAAAAAAAAAUCUAAAAUAGGUACAAUAUUAUAACCACGUUAAUAACGUUUGUAAGAAACCAAACCGUUGGUAAACCGGUUGAAAAUGUAGCAAGUUAUCGUUAUUUAAAAAGUACAUGUACCACUACCAACACAAUGUUAUGGGUGAGCAGCUGACUGGCAGGAUGGCCGUAUGUGCGGACGUUCUAGACGCCGCCGUAUGACAUUUCUAUAUAUCUACACACGUAGGUGAAGGGUUUUAUUUGGAAAACGUUGCGAGAUACCACCCAAAGGCUGUUUAGAGUAAAGGUGCACGAAGAUUCUGUGUGAUAGACAGCUGGCUUAACCGCGGAUUAACGAAUGGCGGCUCACUUGACCGCAGUUUACCAACGUCCGCAGCUGUCUUUUUUCUUUAAUGUAUCUCCUAUUACACCAAUAAAUUGGGCACAUGCCGUAUCAUUGCUGUAGGUCGGGUUGACGUUUAAUCCAUUUUUCUUCAUCAAAAUAAUCUCUGAUUUAAAUGUCGUGAACGGCAUUUCCUCCUUUGCAAUGUUGUAUGCAACAUUACAUUUUAUGAUAAUUUCGGAUUCCUCCGAGGACCUGAUUACUACUGCCUGCCUCUGAAAUGCAGCUGGGAGAGGGGCCACUUUAUCCACACAUUUGUCACGGCAUAUUGUGUGUUUUCUGGACAUUUUUUAACGUUUCGAUACGAAACGACUUUGCCUCGCCUACUAUUACCGGCCAUAUUCUGACGGCACUCCCGACAGUAAAUGCAGUGCAUUGCAUUCCGUCCUUUGUCGUAUCUCAGCCAGGGAAAUUGUGUCAACCAGUCAUGUCUGAAAGAGUACAUUUUGGGCUUUUUAAUUUGAGUCUCGGGGCCGGGCUCAAUCUGAGACUCGGUUGUCUCCUCUGGUUCCGAAUCUAUAAUGCUAUCGCCGAAGGACCGGGGCCAGUUGGCAUCUUCCCAGGGACCGUCGCCGGUGUCUUGGCAGGAUUUCUUAAUAAAAAAGCUUUCAAUGUUUCUACCUCUCUUCAUUUUCACUCGUUUUGUCGUGUUUAUUUUCUUUUCUGUUUCAUUUAGGCAACUCUGGCGCUCAGCCUGCUUAGGUCGAUCGCAUUUCUUCAACUCACACUUAGAGCAGUGAAAAAGAAGACAGCCAAUCAGAGGCAAAGAAACGCCCCCAGCUCUGUCUCUUAUUGGUGACAACCAUGGGUGACAACAAAUCAGGCGUCCAUAGAGAGAUGCUGCGCUUCCGCAAAAAAAAAAAAAAAUUCACCCGAGCAGCGUCAGGUGCACCAGUGCGACGUAUAAUUUUUUUUAGUCGCACUAUUAAAUAUUUUGGUUGCAUAUGCGACCAAAAUAAAGCAAUUAACAUGGCUCCUAAAACGCUCGCUUGGUCGAACAAGGAGGUGGAGACAUUCCUCGGCAUUCUUGGGGAGGUAGACGUGCAGAGGGAGCUUGAUGGAGCAGUGAGGAACGAGAAGGUCUUCCAGCUGGUUUCUGGUCGAAUGGCGAUUGCGGGGUACGAAAAGCACACUGAGCAGUGUCGGCGGAAAUGCAAGAAGCUCCGGGCCGAGUAUCGGAAGGUCAAAGACCACAACAGCCGCAGUGGCGUUGACAGAAAGAUGUGGAAUUGGUUUGAUAUCAUGGACGCAAUCUACGGACACCGACCGGCGAGUAGGGGAAGAGAGGGGGCCAUCGACACGGCCACCUCUCUGCUCGAGUCCAUGUUGGAGCCUACCGGUGUGGAACCUCGCUGCCAGGAAGUGCCUGACUCGGCCUUCCCAGAGGACGAAGACAUGGGGUCAAGCCGCUGUGUGAGCCCAACGCCACCACCAAGGACAUCUACACCAGUCCCAGCGGAGAGUGCUGCUCUUUGCAGCACCACCAACCCCACCUAUCCACGGCCUUUUGCCUUUGCCAAAAGAAGUAGGGCCAGUGACGUUGCAGCGAGCAUCCGGGAAAUGCAGGCAUCCGAGGAGAGGCGGCAGGAGCGGGAAGAGGAGCGGCUGGACCAUAGACACCGGGUCGCUCGAGAGGAGGCCCUACAGGAUGCCAUGGAUGCUCGACUGCACGAGGAUCAACGAGCAAUGCAGCAGAUGGCGCAAGUUGCAGCCUUCAACACCGCCUUCCUCCAAAGCUUCAGCCAGAUGGUGCAGGCGUUUGGACACCGCGACCCUGUUCCGUGAUCCAGCCAUUCAGGGCCUGACCCUCUGAACCUUUUUUUUUUUUGUGUGUGUGAAU